UGCAUGAAUAUAUAUUUUAUUCAAUAUUAAAUUAUAUCGUUUUGCGCAGUUUAAAUAUGUUUGUGUCACUUGGUGCUUUUACUUUGAAAUCCUUGUGAGUUUUAAUUUGACAGCAGCCGCUGCUUCCUGCGUGUGGGCGAGGCAGAGUGACAGCUGCGAGCUGCAGACUUGUUUUUAUCCUCCUGGAGACGAAAUGUGAAGGUUUCAAAGCGAAAGUCCAGAAGAAAAAAUACGAAAAAGAAAAACGAAAAAGGUUCAACGCCCGGAAGAAGAUUUUUCUGUACUUCCGGACAAAAAAAGGAGGAAAACUGAUCGUCUGCUCUCAGGCUGCGUCUCUGCAGGAUGUGAGAGAAGCACAGCAGAGAACAAAGAGCAACUUUAAAGAUCCACGGACGCCACUCUGCAGACAAACAUGGCUCUGUUCUUCUCCGGCGCCGUCACAAGUUCUCCAGUCAAGCGAAGGUUGAGGAGCAGUCACUGUCAGAGCCUCGACGUGUCUCUGCUCUCUCCUGACUCCUCCUACAUCUGCUACACCUCAGUGCACGGCAGCGAGCCCUGUUGCUGCCGCCGCUCGCCACGCCUCCUCACCAACGGAUACUAUGACGUGACCGAGAACAGCUUCUCCUGGGAUGACGAGGGCAACGUGUCACUGACGCCCUGCAAAACCAGCAUCUCCUACAAGGAGAACCUGCACAGGGUUUUCCGGCGCAGGCGGCGACCUCGCAGCUCGCUGGUUCGCCUGCUGAGUGACGUCACGGAGAGCUGCCAGUCGUGGCUCGAUGAGAAGGUCUUCAGAGGCGUUUUCGGGACAGGGAACAACUGGAACCAGAAGCAGGAAGUUGACCAGGACCAUGACCUGGACUGGUCCAGGUGCAGCCCUGAUGGUCUGGCCUGUCUGGACGAGUCCUGGUCGCCGCUCAACAGCACCGAGCUGGAGGAGAGCCGUGCCUUCACGUACGACCCCACUGAGGUCCCGACUCCUCCCGACAAAGAAGCCCCGCCUCCAAAUCUCCUGAUCCACGAGGAGAUUUGCUCUGAGAUCUGUCAAUCAAAGGAGCGUUUCACCCAGUCGCUGGGCGGCCUCUCCGAAGUCCCGCCUCCUUCACCUUUCUACACCAACACCUGCUGCUGUCAGGUGUCACCUGAGCCCACAGGGUUCACGAUGAAGGCCCUCCUUCUUCUCUUCUUCACCGUCUUCAUCUUCACAGCUCUGUAUUCGGGGUGUCUGUGGUGGAGCGCGACUGUCACGUCGACCGUCUUCAUGAUGAUCACAACAUGUAUGCUCCUGACAAAGUCGGGCCCGCUGGGCGAGUGGAGGAGGGCGAAGACGGAGGACAUCACGUCAAGAAACGAGUGAGGAAACACGUCAGGAGAACCUGAAGGAGGAGAGGGCGAAAAGGUCGGACGGGACUCACCAGAAACGUUAGAUUCUGACUAUUAUUUCACUUUAUGUUUGCAUGUGAGGUGCACAAAAUAAUCUAAGCUCCAGAAAACAUUUUAGAGCAAACAUUUCUCCUUUUAAAGCAAAAAUCACUCCUUAAAAGAGGUUUUUGUAUUCGCAACAUUUCUAAAAAUGUGUCAUCUUUACGUUGAAAUGUACACGCAGAGCAGGAGGCUGCUUCGUGCGUUUAGUCAGAUUUAAGCCAUGAAAUGUCUUCUACGUGUUUAAUGUUUGGAUUCUGCAGCUGGAAAAUGUUGUUAUUAAAGUGUUGAAGGAGCUCAGUGGCACAUGUUAGUAGUUUAGCAGCUUAGAAAGCUAAAAACAUUCAUAUCAACUCAAAAUGUAGCCGAUGUAUUUUAGGAGUGUCUUCUUUCUUUGGUUUGUAGUUGAUCUUGGCUUUUUUGAGCGUUCCAAAGUGACCAAACGUCGGAUGUUUAAUGUCUGCAAAACUAAUUCAGGGUUAAAGGGCAAAAAAAUCAAUAAAAAUAAGAGCUGUGACUUUUUAUAAAAACCAAAUGCACAAAAAUCACCUGGAGGCUAUAAAAGUGCCAUUUUUUUCCUCCAGAAUAAACAGAACGAAGAGUUUUACUACAAAAUAAAAUACUCACAAACACAGUGAGUAUUUUCACAUUAAAGUUCAGCUCAGAUUUUAUUGUGAAAGUCAGAUUCCUGAAUUCCUGUUAAUUUUACUGGUACAAAAUAGUUUAAGACUUUCUUACAUCUAUAAAAUCAUCGCCGGGUUUAAUUUGCUGACAUCACUCGACUGACAGGUCAGUGGGCAGGGCCAUAGAGUCCAGUAAAUCAUCCUGAUUGAUCGCAGUCAGAUAAAUGAGAGUUUAUGAAACUAGCAGAGGCUGUUAAAGCAAUCAGACCUCCAGAAGGUCCUCUCAAUUCUCCACAAGACUCCCAAACAGCCAACAAUCAUCUAUUUUAAGAACCUUCUCAGGACUGUUUACAGCAGGGGUGUCCAACUUCAAGACAUGUUGAGGAGGUCAUUUAGCCAUUUAGACCAGUUGUGUUGGAUCAAGGACGCAUCUAAAACCUACAGGACACCGGCCCGUGAUGCCUGGAGUUCCCCACCCCUGGUUUAGAACAUCUUUAGAUGGAUGAAGAAUUCCAGGCUUUUUGUAAACCAAUAAGGUCCUUGGAUGCCUCCCCAAACCUCCACAAGAACUCUUAAAUCCUCCUGAAGCACUUUGAAUCUGCUGCCUUCCAAACCUUCCUUGGACAAGAACCGCCUCAUAGCAUAGAGGCUCAUUUCCAGGAUCUGGCCCAAAUUCGGGUACUGGAUCAGGAAAUCCAUACUCAUCAUCUGGUACGGAUCUGGCCUGCAGCUGACUUACGUCAUUAAAACGCAUCCGUGCCGGUAUUGGGCCGUUGUGCUAAAACACACCCGCCCAGGUCCGUUGCACGGAUCCAGUCCAGAACUUAAGAUGGAUCUAGCCUGAAUCCGGGCCAAAUAUAUUUUAUCUGGGUUGUUUCCCCAGUUUUACAGAAUAGGUCACAGUAGUGUCCAUUACGCAUUUGCUGUUCUCUUGGCCACUAGAAACCAUGUGAGGUUGUUACAGAAGGAAAAUUCUCACAUUUGCAAUGAUCGCUUGAAUAUUGUGUAUGUUUAAUGUUAAAGAGCUAUUUUCAGGUCGAGUUAUUCUCUGCAGCAUUUUGUGGUAAAACUCUUCAGCUGUUAGGUGCCUUCAAUCAGCCAGCAGUGCUCACACGCUGAUAAUAAUAAAGGGAAUCCUGAGAUGCUGUUGAAACGCACUGACAGACCUGAUGAUCAGAGACAGAAAGGUGAGAAACAUUCUGCCUUUGAGUGGUUUCUUUCACGCCGUUUGUUCUUGUCUGAUUCUUGGGAGACUUUAAUGUGGUACAGUGGCACAAACUUAAUCCGUACAGGUCAAAGGUUCAAAUGUGUUAUUUGUGACCUGGUUACACAAACACAUUUAAAGCUCUUAUUUUUUUAAAGCAAAUUUGCCUUUAUAAGGAGCAAUAAUUCCAGAAAAUGGAAGAAACUCAACAAUAAGCUGGGAGAACGUUUGUGGAUUUGGGAGAGAACUCUUAAAGUCACAAUAGUCGCUGUAGAAGCUUUGUAAGAAAACCAAGUACUGUAGCGCUUUACGAGAUGUUUUGUCUUAUAAAGUUGGAAUCAUGGAAUCAUGUUUGGGCCUCAAACUACGCCAAGAGUGAAGAAGAAGGAGAUGAUCUCUGCUUUGGCUCCUCCGGCAGCACAGAUCAGCUCCUCUGGUGUUAAACUGAACUAUUUGUGUGAUAAAGUUUGUAUAAACCGACCAGCGGAGCAGAGAAAUAUUUAACUCUUCAUGUUCAGAUCAUUUGAAGAAUUUAGAAUAAAAAAAGAAAACAAGAUAUAACUUCAUUAUGCUGGUUUAGGUCACAUGGGAGCUGCAUUAAUUAAGAAAUGUGAUUCUAACGUGUACGUGAACAUCUGGGCUUUAGUUAUAACUGGAAAACUGAGACCUAAUCCUGAAAACUAUCAAGAUCAGACUAUUAUGUAGUCUGUUGGUUAAAGUAGUUAAACACCAAUUGAAAGUGUAGAUCCACACCCAGAAUGCUCUAAUAAGACCCUGGCUGUGAAUUUUUCACUGAUGCAAGCAACCCAUAAAGACUGGAAUCUUUUCCACUGACAACGUUCCUCAUGUGACGUGAACUCGGCAUCGGAUCUGUAGCAUGAAGGGUUAAAACGGUCACACCAGAUGAGAGGCACAGCCCCCAAACAGCCCACACCAAAAACAGCCCCCAAAAUAGACACUUUUUUUUCUCCUUUUUCUAAAAUCUGGUUAAAUCUGAAUAAGGUUUUUUACAGGCUUAAAAUAACGUUGACAACUGUUAUUUUCCACUUGGUGGGACAUUAACAGCGUAACUGCGGUGAAUCCUAAAAGACGUAUAGUUAUCAGCUAACAUGCUUGUCAGCCAGGAAAUGCUAAAGCUAACGACACUCUUUUACAAUUGAUAUUAUUGAAAUGAGAAAGGUAAAUAAAACUAACUAGCUACAGACAAACUAGCUCGUUCAGCGAAAAGAUAGUUGUAGAGUCCUCCAUUUUAGCUAAUCCCGCACUUAACGUUCAUCACUAAUUACUAGCAGCACAAUUAAAGGAGCCAGUUUUAAAGUUUCAAGGUGUUCAGCUCUGGUGUGACCGAAUCUCUGUGGUUAACUCGCUCCCUGUCUUUAUGAAUCAGGAAUUAUUGUUAAUGUUCAAUCCAAGUGCCAAAUUUGUUUAACGAUAACAUUACAGGUGAUGUUUUACCACAUGUACUUUAUUAAUGAACAGCAAUCAAUAUGUUGUACUGAUAUUUUUAAUACUGCUCUGCUUGACUUUGAAUUUAAAGCUGCGCUUAAUACUUUUUGUAUAAAAGCAGAUCAUGGAUCAAAUGAUCAAUGAAAUUUUUGUAAUGGUUUUGCUUUUAAUGUUUUAAAUACCAGCUGUAUGAAGCUUUUCAGCUUCUUCUAAAUCCUAGUUUUGGCUUUAUGGUCAAAAGUCUGUAUUUUCAAAGGUGGUGGAGACCAAAACAGAGCUAAAAACGCAACUCCAGGGAUUUUUUCUCUGGGUCUGCCCCCUGUUGGCCAAAUAUCAGUCAGUGCAGGUUUAAAUAAACAAAGUUCAAAGUGGAUCAAGUUCUUCUAAAUAUAAAAUUUAGAGUAAAACAUGAAAAAAUCCUGAGGAUGAAAAUAAUUUAAAUAGAUUUAAAGAUAAAUUUUACAUUCUGUGUGGAGCAGCUACUGAAUAUGGAGUUACUGUUAUUGUAAAUAGUUUUUUAAUUUCUAUAGACUGCACUUAUUUUCAAAGGUGGAAUUCUUGCUCGUAACAGCACUUAUUUUAUCUUUUAUUGUAUUUUAUCGUACUUUGAGUCUCUGGCAGUUAAACUGUAAAAUUUCACUUUAAACAAGACGCAAAUUCAAAUUUAAUUUGAACUUCAAGCAAAGGAACAAAUUCUGAAUGUAUUCAUGUGAAUCAGUGUGAAAUCAGCCUCCAAAAUGACUGUUUAAACAGUGAAGCAGUCCUUAUCUGUUACAGUGUGGAUCGCUGUGUUCCAGUCUGCAAAUCAGCCUUUUGGCCUGUUGAUGGCGCUGUGCUUUGAGAAUGAACUUUUACAGUAUUUGGGAUUUUUCAGCUAUGUUUAGUCUCGGCUAAAGUGAAUGUUUAUGAUCCAUUAAAGUACAUGACAAAGACAAA